AUGAAAUCUAAUACCAAUGUCCUGAUUGCACUUGGGUUGGAGGGCUCUGCUAACAAAGUAGGAGUGGGUGUGAUCUCGCAUGAUCUCUCUACCGGUGCGGUGGAGAUACUCUCAAACAUAAGACAUACGCAUAUAACGCCACCUGGCACUGGUUUUCUGCCUCGCGAUACAGCAGCUCACCAUAGAGAACAUAUUCUUCCUGUACUAACUGAGGCACUGAAGGUUGCUGGGAUAGAAACCGAGGACAUUGACGUUAUCUGCUAUACUAAAGGACCAGGUAUGGGUGCGCCAUUGAUAUCUGUUGCUGUCGUAGCGAGAACGCUAUCCUUGUUAUGGAACAAACCUCUUGUUGGAGUUAACCAUUGCGUUGGACACAUUGAAAUGGGUCGACAAGUGACUGGAGCUGAAAAUCCUGUUGUGCUUUACGUCAGCGGUGGGAACACUCAAGUCAUUGCUUAUGCCGAACAGCGUUACAGGAUCUUUGGAGAGACGCUGGAUAUAGCCGUGGGUAAUUGUCUUGAUCGUUUUGCUAGGGUUUUGAAUCUCCCAAAUGAUCCUAGUCCGGGAUAUAAUAUUGAGCAAUAUGCUAAACGCGGCGAAAAAUUUAUAGAGUUACCAUACACCGUCAAGGGCAUGGAUGUAUCAUUCUCUGGAAUACUAUCUCACAUAGAAUCAAUAGCACCUGAUCUCCUUUCAAGAAAUGAAUGUACGCCUGAAGAUCUGUGCUUCUCUCUCCAGGAGACUUUAUUUGCAAUGUUGGUAGAAACAACUGAACGGGCAAUGGCACAUAUUGGGAGCAAGGAGGUGCUGAUUGUUGGAGGUGUCGGAUGCAAUCUUCGAUUACAGAGUAUGAUGGCUCAGAUGGCUGAACAACGAGAUGGAAAAGUGUUUGCAACCGAUGAAAGAUAUUGUAUAGACAACGGCAUUAUGAUUGCCCAUGCUGGAUUGUUAGCGUUUAGAUCAGGAUACACAACGCCGCUUGAAAAUUCAACUUGUACUCAAAGAUAUAGGACGGACGAGGUGUUCGUUAAAUGGAGAGAAUAG